UUUACAAGGUAACAUUGACACUGCGUGUAGCAGGGCAAGGAAUCGGCUAACAAAUGUGCAGUAAAAUGCAAGAGGAAUUGUGGCGCGAUGGCCACAUCGUUUAAUCGGUACGGCCUGGGUCCACCGGACGCGAAGAAGUGCGAAUUCAGAGUUGACGCUGGCGAUGACAGCGAAGGUGACGAUGAUGUUGAACGCACGAGCUCUAUAAAACACUAUUCCCCUCUUCCUCGUUGCACUCCGGUGUCGGAAGCCCCUAUUCCUUCGGUGACAGUUCCACUCUGCGUUCUGGGCGAGGUUCAGCUUCGUUUCUUGUGUCCCGAAGACUUGGGUGAAGUACGGUCCCUCUGUCAAGAUUGGUUUCCCAUUGAUUAUCCCUAUAAAUGGUACGAGGAUAUUACGAGCUCUUCUCGAUUUUAUGCACUCGCUGCGGUUUACGGCGGCGUGAUACUCGGUUUAAUUGUAGCAGAAAUCAAGCCGUACGUCGAACUGAGCAAGGAGGACCGUGGUAUCUUAUGCUCCAGCCUCGGGAAAGAUUGCCUAGUGGGGUACAUUUUGAGCUUAGGAGUGCGUCGGGCGUAUCGAAGAAACGGCAUCGCUUCCCUUCUAUUGGAACAACUCUUAGAAUAUGUCACUGUGCCCGAACGAUCCUCAGUGAAGGCAGUUUUCUUACAUGUACUAUCCAGUAAUGCACCCGCUAUCCUCUUUUACCAAAAAUGUCACUUUCGGUUACAUAGUUUUCUACCCUAUUAUUAUUCCAUUCGGGGUAAAUGUAAAGAUGGCUUUACGUACGUUCUUUACGUUAACGGUGGCCAUGCACCUUGGGGACUUUGGGAUUGGAUGAGACAUUUAGCUGGUGCAAUGGCUAGUCUUGGGCCGUGUCGUGUCCCACGCUGGAUCUGGCAAAGAGUUCUGUGGGCAGCUACGCUUCUUUCGUAUCAUAGAUGAUACACCCGUAAUGUGCCAAUGAUCUACCAAACUCACCCAUCGAUGAGUCAUCAAACGGUUGAAACGACCAAUCGUAUUACCCUACCAAACGUUAUCGUGCGUUUUAUAAAAUGGCUCCGAUAUUGCCAAGACCGUGACUAUUAUUCCAUGAUAGUUCGACAUAGGAUGAUAGUUGAUAUAAAAGAGAAAGGAGAAGUUUGAGAUUCCGUCGCUUAAGAAACUAGUGUCAAUAUGUAAAAAAAAAAAGAAUCACUGCCUCCUCACAAAUGGAAAACAACGUGGUACUCACUGUACAGCUGCAAAGAUUAUUAUUAAUUACAAUACUGACACUGGCAUGAGUGGAAAAAAUGAAUAUGUCUUCGGUAUUCUGUUUUCCAGUGGUUAAAUCGAAGCAGUGAAUUCGUCGAUGCUGUAAAUUACCUGACACUUAGCUUUCAAUUCUCGUACGAUAAAGAGAUUACUUGCUUGUAUCUCGACUGCCGAAUUAAAAAAUAGGCAUAAAUAGACAAAUACUCGUGCCUGGAGAUAAGGCCCAUAUAUGGUGGUGCACAUACAUGGGCGCAUACGCACAGAGAGCUGUAGAAAGAGAGAAAGAGGAAAGGGAUGCUUGACAUUGGACCAUAAAUACUAUUUUGUGGUCAUGUUGUUUCGGUCACUAGUGUUAAUAAGUGUACCGUAUCAGCGAUGUAACAACGUUUUAUAAUAAAUUAAUUCAUUGUACAUUA